CUAAAUAUUUGUUUUCUUUUCAUUUAUUAGCGUGUAUAUUGGUGGUUUUUAUAAAAAUACAUGGGUAAUGGAUUCUAUUCAAACGUUAUUUGGCAAGUGCCGUUGUUGUCUGAAUGCAGGCGAGCAUCGCGACGUCUUUAAAGAAUAUUACUGUGACGGAACUCGCGAAGUGUACUUCGAUAUAUUCUUGGAAUGUUUCAAUGUUUUUCUAUCAAUAUCAAGUGGCAACAGUAAUCUGAUUUGUGUGGAAUGUAUCCAGAAACUGCGGGAUGCAAGUAAUUUCCGCAAAAUGGUUGUUGAUGCGGAGAAGCAAUUGCAAUUUGGUAAGUUUACGUGGGGGAAAAUGACCAACACCCUCCAUCAAAGAAAAAUAAACAACAACAUGAUAAACAACAACAUUGACAACUGGUCUGGCCUAGUGGUGAAAGAUGCUCCAGACCUCGAGGCACAGCAAGAAAUAACUUUACAAAUAAAAAUAGAGCCAGAGGAUAAUCACGACUACAUGGAGACAGAAUACUACGAUGUGAAAGUCCCACCAGACCUUGAGAUAAAGCAAGAAGGAGAAAGAAGGAAGAGAGGAAGGAGCAAGGAAGAUGAGAGAAGAGAGAAGGCAGAUGAUGAUCAUAAUUACAUGGAGACAGAAUACAAGGACAGAAGGCAAACUCGCUCAAAAAACGUAAAAGCUCGACUAAACCGGGAGACCAAAUUGGAAAGCAAGCAGAAAACUGAACAACCGAUCGUCACCGAGAAGGCCGGUCACGUCCACAAUGCACAGCUUAUUUUGGAAAACUCCAACGUUACACCUUUCAAGGGUAAAAGUAGAGUUGGUCUGCCCUGUUUCUACUGUAAAGACAUGUUCGACAACAUUGAAGAAUUACGCACACACCAAAAGGAACAUAAAAAGAGUGAUAUCCAGAAAUCUUUGCAUUCCCUCAGCCCUUACUGUUUCAUCGUUAAUGUAGACAUAACACACUUAAAGUGUACCUUGUGUGACGCUAGCUUAAAUACUUUAGAAGACUUUAAAAGUCACUUAGAAACAGAACAUAACAAAAAGUUUUACACCGAGUUCGAACACAGAGUAAUACCAUUCAAAGUACCUAUGGAUAAUAACUACAUAUGCCAAAUAUGUGGGCUAAAGUUUGAGAGUUUCGGAUCAAUAGAAAGACAUAUGAACGGACAUUUUAGAAAUUAUAAUUGUGAUCAGUGCGACAGGGGAUUUGUGACUAACCAUAGAUUAAAUACUCAUGUCAAAACUAUACAUGUCGAAGGUAGUUUUCAAUGUGAUACUUGUAAGAAAGUAUUUUCAUCGCAACAUAAGCUUAAAAGCCAUGUAGAUACAGUGCAUAAGAUGUUAAAGCGGUUUAAAUGUACAAAAUGUCCGGAGCGCUUCACAGCUUAUUUUAAACGAUACCAACAUUUAGUUGAAAAACAUGGUGAAGCCGAAUUAGAAUAUAAAUGUAAUGUCUGCGACAAAGUAUAUAGAAAAAAAAACAUGCUUGCCCAACAUAUGAAACGAGACCAUUUGGAGGAGCGUACUGUUAAAUGCGAGAUCUGUUUUAGUAACUUUUUCUCUCGAAAAGAAUUGAACAUGCAUAUGGUUAAGCAUACCGGGGCUAGGACUUUUGAAUGUGCGGUGUGUAAAAAGGCAUAUGCGCGGAAGAAAACUUUGACAGAGCAUAUGCGGAUACAUAAUAAUGACAGGAGGUUUACUUGCGCGGUGUGUGGGCUGGCCUUUGUACAGAAAUGUAGUUUGAAAGGGCAUAUGAAGUCGCAUCAUCCUGAGUCUGUAAGCUGUGGGGAAAGAUGAAGUUUUAAUUGU